CCCUUCCCACACCACUCCGACUCACACCACUCUCUACUUCACGCUGAGUGAGACGCGUCUUACUUUAGGCAACGUAUGGGCAACGUUAAAGGCGACUUCGGUAACAAUCGUUUGGGCGAGUUGCCAGGCUGCCCUUACAUAGUCCAGGCGGCCCGUUCAACCUCCAAGCGACUUGGUACAAUUUUAAUGCAACUAGCUGCGACUCGCUGACAUUUCUGGAGCGACCGGGUACAACUCUGAUGCGCAACAAUUAAUCGCAGCGCGUGGGCGCGAUCGGUUGCAAGGUCUUCGGCGACUUGGUACAACUUACGGGCAACGGAGUCUAAGCGAUUUCACGCGCAGUUGAUGCAACUUUAUUACGUCUAGGCGACUGGAUGCAAAGAGGACAUGCGGCGACCGGUCGCAGGGUACAGGCGAUUUGUGACCGCAAUUUGCGGGCGACAAAAUUGCAGGCGGCAAAAAUUGCAGGCGACAAGUUGCUCAAAGCCGACCGAGUUCCACCUGUGAACGUGACGAAAUGUGUCAAAUUGAUUGCGAGUGGGAGAUCUGUUGCAUGUGGUUGCACGGGCGACGCGAAGCAACUCUACAGGACAGGUCAGUGCAGUGCAUACGACUACGAGAUCCCGCCCAUGGACAGACUGGUGGUGCAGACCGACAUACAGAUCGCACUGCCGGCCGGCUGCUACGGACGCAUCGCGCCGAGAUCAGGCCUGGCUGCCAAACACGGGAUCGACGUCGGAGCCGGCGUCGUAGACGAAGACUACAGAGGAAAUGUCGGUGUGGUGCUCUUCAACUUCGGGAAGAAGCCUUUUGUCGUUAAGAGGGGAGACCGGAUUGCACAGCUGAUUUGCGAAAAGAUCUUCUACCCCCAGCUGGAAGAGUGCACGUCACUGGAAAACACGGAACGAGGCAGCGGUGGUUUUGGAUCGACUGGAACAAACUAGAGGAACGGAAAUGAAGUGUGAGGAUUUGAGACUUUCGUAACAUGUAUUGUUCUUGCAUAAAUUACUGCCAUAUAAUCAAAUGCCAGUCCUUACAAUUUCAGUUGCGCUUUGACUACCAUUUCACUGUAACGCCAGUAUUUGUAUUAACUUCAAAAGUAGUUUGGAUACAUGUCACAAUGAGUGUUCUGUUUGUUAGUAAAAGCAUUACAAAAAAAUCUA